CUCAUUGCCCCAGUCACUUCAUGGGUUAAGCCCACACCAAACAAACUCAAAAUGAUACUACAUAAAAGAAAUUCUCUUCCCAGCACAACUCACCUUUGGCCAUGUUGCUCAAGUAAACUUUCCUCUUCGUCCUCAUUCUAGCAACUGAGCUUUUUGGAGUAUUUUGGCUUUUCUUUUUCUCUUUUGAUUUGAUUUCUAUUAUAUUGCUUUUAGAUAAAUUCGUCAAAAAGUUGGAGGAGAAAAGUCAUUGCGGGAAUAUGGCUACCUUCCCUGCAAGCAGAAGGUGGCUAUAUAAGAAGUCUGUCCAGUAACCUUCUCUGAUUAAAAUCAAAGGGAAGGGGAACAGAAAUGCAGAGCAACAGGAAAUCCUUGGUUAGUCCAGGUCUUACUUCCACUCUGAGCCAAUCUACAUAAUAAGAGAGAUUUUGAGCCAAACACUGGGAGAAAUGUCAGAAGACUCAGAAAAGGAAUACUAUACAGACAUCAGUGAUGAAGAUGAAUCAGAUGAGGAUACCUUCUUGAAAUUUGUGAGUGAAGAUAUCCACCCAUGUGCACUUUUAGCAGCUGACUCUUUUAGUGAUCCGUUUUUCCCCCGAACUACACAGAUAUUGUUGGAAUAUCACCUAGGACAAUGGGUGCCACGUCUCCGUGAACCCCGAGAUUUAUAUGGUGUUUCCUCUUCUGGUCCAUUGAGCCCAACACGGUGGCCUUACCAUUGCGAAGUCAUCGACGAAAAAGUUCAUCAUAUAGACUGGACUCCCUAUCCUGAGCCUGUGUACACCCCAACAGGCCUAGAGAUAGAACCCUUUUAUCCACACUCCAAGGAAGACACUGUGGUUUAUCUUGCUGAAGAUGUUUACAAAGAGCCCUGCUUUGUGUAUUCCCGAGUUGGCGGCAACCGGACACCCCUGAAACAACCUGUGGAUAACUGUGACCAUACUUUGAUGUUUGAAGCAAGGUUUGAGAGUGGUAAUCUACAGAAGGUAGUCAAAGUGGCAGAGUAUGAGUACCAGCUGACUGUGCGUCCAGAUCUCUUCACAAACAAACACACCCAGUGGUACUAUUUCCAAGUCACUAACACCCAAGCAGGAAUCAUCUAUAGAUUCACAAUCAUCAAUUUCACCAAGCCUGCUAGUCUCUACAAUCGGGGUAUGCGCCCACUGUUUUAUUCUGAAAAAGAUGCCAAGGCCCAUAAUAUUGGUUGGCAGAGAAUAGGAGACCAAAUCAAGUACUAUCGCAACAACAUCGGGCAAGACGGGCGCCACUAUUUCUCUCUCACCUGGACAUUUCAGUUUCCACACGACAAAGACACCUGCUACUUUGCUCAUUGCUACCCAUACACUUACACCAACCUGCAGGAGUACCUUUCUGGCAUCAAUAAUGAUCCAGUACGGUCAAAGUUUUGCAACAUACGUGUCCUGUGCCACACGAUUGCUCGGAACAUGGUGUAUGUCUUGACCAUCACCACCCCCUUGAAGAACUCAGACUCAAGAAAGCGAAAGGCCGUGGUUCUGACAGCCAGGGUGCACCCCGGGGAAACCAACAGCUCUUGGAUGAUGAAAGGCUUCCUAGAUUAUAUUUUAGGAGACUCAAGCGAUGCACAGCUGCUUCGGGACACCUUCGUCUUCAAGGUGGUGCCCAUGCUGAAUCCGGACGGUGUGAUCGUGGGGAAUUACAGGUGCUCUUUGGCAGGGCGAGAUUUGAACCGCAGCUACACGUCUGUCAUGAAGGAGUCGUUCCCUUCGGUCUGGUACACCCGGAACAUGAUCCGCAAGUUAAUGGAGAAGAGAGAGGUUAUUUUAUAUUGUGACCUUCAUGGCCACAGUAGGAAAGAGAACAUCUUCAUGUAUGGCUGUGAUGGUGGUGACAGAUGUAAAGCAUUGUACUUACAGCAACGAAUCUUCCCACUGAUGCUCAGCAAAAAUUGUCCAGAUAAAUUUUCAUUCACAGCUUGCAAGUUUAAUGUUCAGAAGAGCAAAGAGGGAACGGGAAGAGUAGUGAUGUGGAAAAUGGGAAUCAGGAACAGCUUCACCAUGGAGGCCACUUUUUGUGGAUCUACUCUGGGUAAUAAACGAGGUACUCAUUUCAAUACAAAAGACUUGGAGUCAAUGGGAUAUCAUUUUUGUGAUUCUCUCUUGGACUUUUGCGAUCCAGACCGAACCAAGUAUUAUCAGUGCCUGAAAGAGUUAGAAGAAAUGGAAAAGCAUAUAAGCUUAGAAAAAUCCCUUGAUGACUCAGAUGCUUCUCUGAAAGAAAUUACACUGGAUCUAGAGUCUAGUAGUCGAGGCUCUGACAGUUCAGACUCCAACGAUUCUCAGACUUACCUUCUCAAGUUCACUUCUCAGAUAAAGAAAAAUAAAAAAUAUCUAAAAACAAAGAAGGAAAGAAAUUCUGCCAUAGCAAGUCAUCGAAAUGCCAGAAGAGAGCAAGAGGUUUGCAAUAAAGGAGAAAUUGUGCAAAAAGAACAAAAAUCGAAUUCUGAUGCGAAAGAUACAAGGCCAAAUGACUCUGAUGAUUGUAUAUUUGAUUUUUUCAGAACACAGUUCCCUACUCAAACUUUGAGGUUACAUAGCAGUUGUUUGAAGAUAUGGGAAGACCAGAGAAGUUUUCUCAAAAAAGUGAAAAUGCCUAGACAGACUCCUUCUUGGCUUUUGAAAAGAUAUUUGAGCUCCCGCUGUGCGAAUCAGAGGCUUAACAAAGACCAACAAAGACAAUUAUCAGGAACCAGUGAGAAGCCACGCCAGGAUAUAAAUCAGCCCAAGAGCAGUGAUUUGUAUGGAAACUGUUUCAAAGUGACAGCCUUAAAGUGCCCUGUGCGCAAACAAAAUCCCAGUUGGAAUGAGAAGAAAAAGAUACCAACAGAAGAUUCACAUCAGGACUUGAAAAGCAAAAUGAAAGAAUGUGCAUCUUUCCAAAGUAAGAAGACUGAUGUAAAUUGGACAGAUGAUGAAAAAAGAAUCUACAGGGAUACAAAAAUAGCUCAAACGCAAGAAAUAUUGCAGUAUUUGUUCCCUAUCAUGGAAAGUACUAAAAAAGCACAAACGACUCAGAUAAAACAGAAACUGAAUCCAAAAAUCAACUUCCAAAACAAGUAUCGACAAAAGUCAGCUACUAAUACAAAUACAAAGAAAUACUGCACAUCUUGGACAAUGCCCAGAAAUCCCCCUUUUAUAGACCAAGGGAAUCUUAUAGUAAGUUCUACAGAAUGGCUCAAGUCUGAGUCCCAGAGGUCAUUUGAAAGUCUGGCACCUUUCAAAGAGCACAAGAAAAGGAAAACACACCCUCAAAUCAAGUCCAGAAAGACUAAGUGUAUGCAACCUUUUAUCAGCAAAUGGGAGGCUGAGCCUGUGGAUAUUGUCAAAGGCAAGAGUCUGCAAACCGAAGAAUCCAGGCAACAAAGCUCUCUGCAUAUAUCCCCCAUCUAACUACAAGUAAGGAUGGUAGACAACCCACUUUCCAUUUAAAGUUCCCAAAGGACAAAUAAUCUGGCUUUAUGCUGUUUUGAAAACUGUGAAUGAAAGAUAACAUAUGCUUAUGUAGUAAAAAGAACAAGAAAAGCACUUCCUGCCCCUCGGUCCCCAUCCCACAUACACGUAUGCAUAUGCUAAGCUGUAAACCCUAGAGACCCCAUCCUUAGUGGGGCCAUGUUUCACAGAUUUCAAAAGAAAUCCAGAGAAAAUUUAAAAACAUGUCGGUAUCAAUAUUUCAUUUUUGUCAGGAUAAGAAAAAAAUCUAUGAACUUUUUAUUGCUUCCAAAAUGAUGGAUGUAUGCAGCGUAUACACACAAAACAUCCUAUGAACUCGAGGAAAGAGUGACAUGUACUGUCUCUUGAGUUUUACCUUUCUUCCUACUAAACACUUGAAUAAUGAAUCAUUCAGCAAAUAUCAUUUCCUGAAUUUCUGUUACAUCUUUGGUGUGCUAGAAACCGUUGGUAAUAUAAAAGCUAUUUCUUCACUCGAGAUUGCUGUAUAAUUACACCUAUAAAAAUACCGUGACUAACAUAGCUACAGAGUACGAGUGCAUAGUAAAGGGCUAAGUUGUAGACCUCCCACCAUUAGAGAAAAUGCUAUGUCUUAAAAGAUCCUAAUUGUACAGAGCAAAGGUGUGGCACAAAAUAGCAGUAAAAUGGAAAGGCAUAGAUCAUAGUUUCAAAUUGUCAUUUUACUUAUCAAAAUUUAGCAAAAAUAUAAGAAAUGCGCAGUUUCCUUUAGAGCCGAUGGGUGUACAGCUCCAGGCAUUUAUCCUGUGGAAGGAAGUAGAGCAUCUCAGAGUCAGCCAUUCGUAGACUGAGCACUGGCGACAUGCCCCAUGGGGGGUGCGGAGUCCCAAGGAUGUCAGGGAAAUAAGCAAAGAUGGAUGUGAAAAAAGCAGUCAAGCAGCCUAGACCACAGGGCAAUCGUGGCAUCCUCUGCAGGAUGAGGCCAAGCAGAAUCCCGGUGAGGGAGCUGGGCUACCUUAAAGUGACAGGCACAAGCAUAAUUAGGUCCUGGUAGCAAGACAAAGUAGGAUGAUCUGAGGCUAAAUAGCUUUUUCAACAAUAUUUGCAGUAGCCAAAAGGGCUACGGAGAGUUCAUUGGGAUA